AUGUCGGAGCCAAAAGAGGGCGGCAGCAGCAGCCACGGAGGCUUCUCCGGCCUCAUUGGAGAUCUCCGCGAAAAGCUUCACGAUACCAAGCUUCAUGAUGCCAAGGUCCAGCUCAUCCACAAAAAGAACCAAAUCGGAAAGCUCGGCAAUCUGUUCAACAAGGACCAUCGCCACGAUGAAGAGCACGAGCAGCGCUGCGAUGAAAAGAGGACAGCCAUCUGCCAGUCCCACCGCUUCGAGUCUUUCUUCCCAGAGCGAGAUGGCAACCUCAUCAAGUGGUACGUCGACGGCCGUGACUACUUCUGGGCCGUGUCCGUCGCCCUCGAGCAGGCCCAGGAGUCCAUCUAUCUCGCCGACUGGUGGAUCUCCCCAGAGCUCUUCUUGCGCCGGCCCCCUUACCACAAGCAAGAGUAUCGCCUGGACCAGGUUCUCAAGCGAAGGGCCGAGGCUGGCGUCAAAAUCUACAUCAUUGUCUACAAAGAGGUCGAGGCGGCCCUGACGUGCAACUCGCGCCACACCAAACACGCUCUCCAAGCCCUUUGCCCCGAGGGCUCUCCGGGCCACGGUAACAUUCGCGUCCUGCGGCACCCGGACCACAACGUUUUCGAAAACGCCGCCGACAUGACAAUGUACUGGGCCCACCACGAAAAGUUCAUCGUCAUCGACUACGCCAUGGCCUUCAUUGGCGGCCUCGAUCUCUGCUUUGGCCGCUGGGAUGCCCGCCAGCACCCCUUGUCCGACGUACACCCCGAGGGCGUCUCCGAGGAGAUAUUCCCCGGCCAGGACUUCAACAACAACCGCAUCAUGGACUUUCAAAAGGUCCAGGACUGGCAGCAAAACGAGCUGAGCAAAGCCGAGUAUGGCCGCAUGCCGUGGCACGAUGUCGCCAUGGCCGUCGUCGGGCCAUGCGUCUACGACAUUGCCGAGCAUUUCGUCCUGCGCUGGAACUUUGUCAAGCGCGACAAGUACAAGCGCGACGAGCGCUACGACUGGAUCAUCCUCGAGGGUCGCGAGGGAGACGACGAGGACCUGAGUCUCGACAACCGGGGCACUGUUCACGCACAAGUCGUCCGCUCCAGUGCCGACUGGUCCAGCGGGAUCCUCACCGAUCACUCCAUCCAGAACGCCUACUGCGACGUCAUUCGCAAGGCAGAGCACUACGUUUACAUCGAGAACCAGUUCUUCAUCACCGCCACGGGCGACCAGCAGACUCCCAUCCACAACACCAUUGGCAGCGCCAUUGUCGAGGCCGUGGUCAGGGCGGGCAAGGAGGGCCGCAAAUUCCGCGUCAUCGUCAUCAUCCCCGCCAUCCCGGGCUUCGCCGGAGACUUGCGAGAGAACGCAGCAUCGGGCACGAGGGCCAUCAUGGACUACCAGUACAAGUCGAUAUGCCGCGGCGAGAACUCCAUCUUUGAGCGAGUCAAGGCCCAGGGCGUCGAUCCGACCCAGCACAUCUUCUUCUUCAACCUUCGGUCCUACGAUCGCCUCAACAAGACACAUGCCAUCAGCGAGGCGGAGAAGAAGACGGGCAUCAGCUACCAGCAAGUUCAGCGGGCCGAGGCCGAGGAGAUCAUGGCCGAGGGCGUCCACGGAUACGAGGACGACAGUUCCGACGACGGCAAGACGCACCGCAUGCGGAGACAUGGACACAAGUCGUCUUCUACGCCGCCGCCGCAGGAGCCCUCAAAGGACGCGCUCCAAGCAAGUAAGAUAUUCGAAGAGGCAAAGCCUGACGAAAAAGUCAUUUCCGCCGCGUCGGUUGCUCAUCAUGCCAUGUGCGGCCAGGGCUCCCUUAAGGACGAACCGUGGGACAGCCACGAGGAUCCCGAAUCGGAAAUACGGAACUGGAUCCAGGAGGAGCUGUACAUCCACGCCAAGCUGCUCAUUGCCGACGAUCGCAUCGUUAUCUGCGGGUCGAGCAACCUCAACGACCGGAGCCAGCUCGGAGACCACGACAGCGAGCUCAGCAUCGUCAUGGAGGACACGAAGAGGUUGGCGAGCACAAUGGACGGCAAGCCAUUUGAGGUGGGCUACCAUGCAGCCACGCUCCGUCGGUACCUCUGGCGAGAGCACAUGGGCCUUUUGCCGCCGCAGCCACUCGACGCCGACGACGAUGUCAACGCUCAGCCCCCAACGGUCAAUCCCGAGAACAAUAUUUACGGCGACGAGGACAGCUACAAGUUUGUCGAGGACCCCAUGAGCGAUGACCUGUGGGACAUGUGGACCGGGCAGGCGGAUAGGAACACGCACCUGUUCCGGCAUCUGUUUCACGCAGACCCAGACGAUCACAUCAAAACGUUUGAGGACUACGACCGCUAUCUUCCGCCCCGGGGCGUCAAGUCCGGUCACAUCUACGACCAGUUCAUGCCGCCCGAGGACGCGCGCGAGAAGCUCGACCAGAUCAAAGGACACUUGGUGUGGAUGCCGAUGAAGUUUCUGCAAGACGUCGAGAUGGCGGAACGGGGGCUGCAGGUGAAUUCGUGGACCGAGAGCGUGUACACGUGA